UUAACGUGUCCCGACCCUUCCUUUAUGCCGCACCGCGAGGGUUAAUACGGUGAUUCAGAGCUUCAGACCCAAAACGAGGGCUAUUGGAGGCCAGACAACUGCCGCCCUGCUUCCCAACGAGAACAGAGGAGAUGCGGGCGAGGGGAGCAGCAGCAGCAGAAUAGGAGAAUUUUCCGAGAGGGAUUUCUCUGUGUGAGGGUAGAGAAUUUGCAGUUCUGUGCGGAGGGAUUUCUCUAUCUAUUUGCGCGAGGCUUGGAGGCUGUAAUCGAAUCGGACAUAAAAACUUCUUCAGAGGAAGGGAAAGCAAAAGAAAGAUAAAUGUAAAUCCAAUCCCUUUAAAAUUGGAGAAAUUGAGACAGGCAUAAGGAAAAUCGUGGGGGAGGGAGGAGAGGAGGUUGUUGGACAGACUGCUGACUAUACGGAUGUUGGAGAGGUACAAGGGGAUAGGGGUGAAGGACGGUCUGUCGAGAGGCGUCGACUACCCGUGGGCGUGCAAGGAGCUGUCCUUCAUCCUUAGGGACGUCUUCCCCAAUGCCUCCAAGCCCCUCCGAGAGCUCAUCUUUCACGACACUCUCUCCGCUUUCCGCUUCCUUCCCCAAGUGCACACAAGCCGGGGAAUAUCAUCAGCUAGCCUUCUUCUCCAAGCGGCAGAGGCAGUGUUGCCAAAGCAGAAAAGAGCAUUAACUGCUAGUGAGUAUAAACAUGCGGUAGUUGCAUGUAAAAGGCGUUCUAAACAUCAGAAUGAUGAAGAAGGCCCAUUGUCACUGCCUCACGAUGUUCUUGUCCAUAUCUUCACCUUCCUUGAUAUACGGUCUCUGGCUACAGUUGGUUUAGUGUGCCAGUCUUGGUACUCUGCUGCAAAUGAGGAUAAAUUAUGGAAGGCACAAUACAGUCUUCUUUUUGGAGACCAUGAAAGGCUUCACGGAAGUAAUGGACAAGGGAUGUGUUCGUUGGACCAGCAUCAAGAUGAGAAAUUAGUUCAUCAUACUGCAGAUUUUGAUUGGAAAGAUGUUUUUAAGAAGGUAUUUGUAGGCAAAUCAGCUAGAAAGCUUGUGUCAAGCAGGGGAUACUGUCCACAGUGCAAGUCAGUGAUCUGGCUCAGCAACAUAGCAAGGACUGGAAUACAUUGUGAAUUGGAUCUUGGAAGCCACCGGUCAAAAGUCAAGCCUAUAUCACCUAAUCAGGUUGUAGAUUACCUCCUUGGGGAGUCCCUAUCUGAAAGCUCAUCUUCCGAGAGCGACGGUGAUUCAGAAGAGACUCUCUUUGCAGAUGUCAGACUGCCCAAGUUAUGGGCCUACCCGAGGCACAUUGCUGAGAGCUGGUAGCCCUUUGUCCUCGUCGAUUUUUUGAAGAGGUUAUAUGUAAAAUUGGUUAUAUACUUAGAUUCUUUGCUAGUGAGUGGGGCGGAGAAGCUGCUGUAUGCACCAGUGCAGCUUUGUGCUAUUUCACCUGGGCACAAUCCCAAGAAAAUGGCCGUUGUGUUUACUGUAUGUCUCUAUGAUUAUCUAUGAUUGCUACUUUUUCCUUUGAAGUCCUUGAACAACCCAAUACACCACGCAGCCACUUAGUUGCA